AUGCGUAAAAAAUAUGCUGAUGAUUCAGAAAAGUGGAAACAUUACAGUCAGGCUUUAGAGCGUUAUCUUUACUUCGUUAAUGAAAAGAAAAAACCUGUCCAGAUUUCAGUGGGUGAUUUUUCAAAAGAUGAAAAUAAUGACAUUGUGUACAUUCACACACAUAAUCCCGACAUUAAAUGUUCCGUGGUGGAGCGCUGGCAGCGCACCAUCAAGUCCAAACUGUUUAAGCGGUUUACUCACACUGGAAAAUACAAUUACGUGGAUGGGCUGCUGUCUGAUGUUGUGAGUGCAUACAACCACACUUAUCACCGUUCUAUCAAAAUGAGACCUGUGGAUGUGACACCUGAGCGUGUUCUGGAGGUAUAUAAUAACCUGUACCAUGGACUUAACCCCACUAAUAAGAAAACCAAGUUUAAAGUAGGUGACUAUGUCCGAAUCAGUCGGGAAAAACAAACCUUUGAAAAAGGGUACACGUGGAACUGGAGCGAGGAGAUAUUUCAGAUCGUUCAGGUCAUUCCUCAUACGAUGCCGGUGUACAGGUUGGAGGAUCUCGAUAAGGAUGCGAUUCAAGGCACGUUUUAUGAGGCAGAGCUUCAGAAGGUCACCAAGCCCGAGGCGUUCAAAAUAGCAUAUAUAGUGCGUUCCAAAGGCAAAAAGGGUAGUCGUCAGCACUUUGUUCAUUGGAGAGGUUAUCCUGAAAAAAGUCGCUCCUGGAUUUUGGAUUCUGAUUUAGUAUAA